CGUGCGCACUGUCACGCUUCACAACCGACAGGCACGGAAUUCCAGGGAGGAAGUCACUGAGAUUGGGAAACGAACAACAACUGCAAAGGUGCCAAAAGGGGGGAAAAAAAGAGAAAGAACUAACGUGGAGACGAGAGGAAGUCAGAAUACGGCGGCUCUUCAUUGGGAACAGUGUAAAUCUAAGUUUUGGGAAUAUGGACUAGAGGCGCGGGGUCUCAGCAGAUGGAGGCGGCGAGAAGUUUGGUGUUUGUCGGGGCCGUGCUGCUCGGAGUGACGGGCGCGUUGGGCAGAGAAGUAUGCCUGGGUACAGACAUGAAGUUGGACCUGCCCUCCAGCCUGGAAAAUCACUACGAGACCCUGAGGCUGCUCUACACUGGCUGCCAGGUCGUCCAUGGCAACCUGGAGAUUACACACCUUCACGGAAACCCUGAUCUCUCCUUCUUAGAGGGGAUCGUGGAGGUACAGGGCUAUGUGCUUGUGGCCCACGUGUCAGUGAAUCUGGUGCCUUUGGAAAACCUUCGGAUAAUAAGAGGCAGUCAACUGUACAACUCCAGCUACGCCCUGGCUGUGCUGGAUAACACUCUGAAUGGACAGGGGCUCAGGACACUCCGGCUUCGUAACCUCACAGAGAUCCUGUUGGGUGCGGUGUAUAUUUGGGGGAACCCCCAGCUGUGCUUCCCGGACCCCAAGACCAUCGACUGGCAUGACACUUUGGACGAGCAUAACAUCCACCAACUGCACCAACUGCAGCCUCGGUCCCCUAAAUGUCCAAAUUGUUCCACUAAAUGUAAGGCAGGGUGCUGGGGAGAAACUGAACAGGACUGCCAGACCGUGACCCGAAAAUUAUGUGUGUCUGGCUGUCAACGGUGUAAAGGGCACCAGCCCAGUGACUGUUGUCACAUGCAGUGUGCUGCUGGUUGCACUGGACCCAAAGACUCGGACUGUCUGGCUUGCCGUCACUUCAACGACAGCGGUGUGUGUAAGGAGAACUGUCCUGCUCCUACUAUCUACGACACCGUCACCUUCCAGACCAAACCCAACCCAGACAAGAAGUUCAACUUUGGAGCCACCUGUGUCAAGACGUGUCCUUAUAACUAUCUGGCUAUGGAAGUGGCCUGUACUUUGGUUUGUCCCAAAGCCAACCAGGAAGUUAUCGUCACACACCCUGAUGGAGACGAGAUGCAGGAAUGUGAUAAGUGUGAAGGAGACUGUCCUAAAGUGUGUUAUGGUCUGGGUGUGGACAACCAUGGUGUCAUGGACAACCAUGGUGUCACCAUGGUAACAUCUACUAAUGUGGAUCAGUUCAACAAGUGUAAGAAGAUUUUUGGUAGUCUGGCUUUCCUCCCUCAGAGCUUUGCAAGGGACCCUGUGAGCAACACAUCAGGCCUGACCCUUGAGCAACUGAGUGCCUUCAAGACACUGGAGGAGAUUACAGGUUAUGUGUACAUUGAGGCCUGGCCAGAAGAGUGGGCUAACUUGAGUGUGUUUGAGAACCUGAAGGUGAUCAGAGGCAGGAUGCUCUACAAGGGUGUGUUUUCACUUGCCAUUCAGAAUCUACACAUCCAGUCUCUUGGGUUGCGUUCACUACGCAGUGUCAGUGGAGGUCUGGUUCUGUUGCACAACAAUUCCCAGCUGUGUUAUACCAGUUCAUUGCCCUGGGAGAGUCUCCUCCAUCCCACCCAGGGACCCCACCGCAUUGUCAGCAACAACCAGAACCCCCAAGUCUGUGAGGAAGAGGGACAUGUUUGUCACCCACUGUGUGAGGGGGGCUGCUGGGGCCCGGGACCCAGCCAGUGUGUGUCCUGCAAAGCUUUCCAACGUGGCACUGAGUGUGUAGAGCAGUGUGACAUCUAUCAGGGGUCUAUACGUGAAUACGCAGAUGGACCUUUGUGCAUUGCUUGUCACGCAGAGUGUCGAUCUCUCAAUGGCUCUGUCUCCUGUCAUGGCCCGGGUGCAGAACAUUGCGCAGAGUGUAAAAAAUACCAAGACGGUGAGUUUUGUGUGGAUCACUGUCCCAGUGGUGUGAAGGAGGAUCAGCAAACUGUGUGGAAGUACAGCAAUGCCACAGGACACUGUCUGCCCUGCAACACCAACUGCACACUGUCCUGCACUGUGAUGGAUGAGAGAGGCUGUCCCGUUGAUACCAGGACAGGAGCGGGUACAACCAUCACGGCUGCAGUGGGUGGGGUGGUGCUCUUCUUCAUCCUGCUGGCUCUGCUGGUCUUCUAUCUGAGGAGGCAGAAAAAGCUAAAGAGGAAGGAGACAAUGAGGAGGAUCUUGCAAGAGCAUGAGCUGGUGGAGCCUCUAACACCCAGUGGUGCAUCACCCAAUCAGGCUCAGAUGCGUAUCCUGAAGGAAACUGAGUUGCAAAAACUCAGGGUGCUGGGUGCAGGGGCCUUUGGUACUGUUUACAAGGGAGUGUGGGCUCCUGAUGGGGAAAAUGUGAAAAUACCAGUAGCCAUCAAGGUGUUGCGUGAGAACACUUCCCCAAAGGCCAAUAAAGAGAUCCUUGAUGAGGCCUAUGUGAUGGCGGGAGUGGCCAGCCCGUACGUGUGUCGUCUGCUGGGGAUUUGUCUCACUUCCACGGUGCAGCUGGUGACUCAGCUGAUGCCGUACGGCUGCCUCCUCGACUACGUCAGGGAGAACAAGGAUCGCAUCGGGUCCCAGUUCCUCCUCAACUGGUGUGUCCAGAUUGCCAAGGGGAUGAGUUAUCUGGAGGAAGUCCGACUGGUUCACAGAGAUUUGGCUGCCCGCAAUGUUCUGGUUAAGAACCCGAACCACGUGAAGAUCACAGACUUCGGCCUGGCCCGUUUGCUCGAUAUAGACGAGACUGAAUAUCACGCUGAUGGAGGGAAGGUGCCGAUUAAAUGGAUGGCCCUGGAGUCAAUUCUGCACAGGAAGUUCACUCAUCAGAGUGACGUCUGGAGCUACGGGGUGACGGUCUGGGAGCUGAUGACGUUUGGUGCUAAACCCUACGACAUGAUCCCAGCGAGAGAAAUCCCAGAUGUUUUAGAAGGAGGAGAACGGCUUCCUCAGCCUCUCAUCUGCACCAUCGACGUCUACAUGAUCAUGGUCAAAUGUUGGAUGAUUGACCCAGAGAGCAGGCCGAGGUUCAAAGAUCUAGUGAAUGAUUUUAGUGCCAUGGCCAGAGAUCCACCUCGCUAUGUAGUCAUUCAGAACGACGAGCAAAUGAGCAUGUCCAGCCCAGUGGACAGCCAGUUCUUCCGGAUGCUUCUGGAGGAGGAAGGGAACAAUAUGAGGGAACUGCUGGAUGCUGAGGAGUAUCUGGUACCUCAGCCUAACCACUUCCCCAGGACUCACGGAGACGGCACUCAAGCCAACGGACCAUCCAGACACCAGUCAUACAGGCAGAGCAGAGAUCAGGGCUUAGAUGUUGAGCCCUCUGUCGUCGGCGGCCCUCGUAGCAUGUACUCCUCCCAGAGCACUCUUGGCCGCAGCCAGUACCCUACCUUACCUUUAGGAGCCAGCACCUCCAACGGCCUGUGGAGUCCCCAGUACCCAAUGCUGGCUCGCAGCCCCUCGGCCGGGGGCCAGUCUGACUCAGUCUUCCUCGACGGGCCUCCAGACGACCCCUCACUGCCCCCGGCCAGCCCCGGACGCUACUCCAAAGACCCCACCUACUCCAACGGGAGUCAGGGUGAUCUGGAGACAGACGGGCCAAAUGGCUUUCAUCAUCCUCAUCACCUUCAUCACUCACUGCCCAGACGGAUUCAUGGUUAUAAUCACAAUCAUGCUUUGCCAGAAUACGUCAACCAGGAGAUUCAGGAUCUCAGGCCAGGGAUCACAGAGCGGCCCAGCACGCUUCCUCGUAAAGGCUCCAGAGUGGACCGACGGCUCCCUAAUGGCCUGAGCUCUGGGCAAAGCGUGGAAAACCCGGGAUACUUGGUCCCCACGAGCGUCGUGAUCCCCACUUCUCCAGCGUUUGACAACCCUUACUACUUGGACCUUGUGGCCAAAGCCAAAGCUGUAGCUGGGGCUUCAGCGGCUGACGGCUCCGAGGCACUGGAGAGAGACGGAGAAGUGCCCAGGCAUGUGAACGGGUUUGUGACCCCCACGGCAGAGAAUCCAGAGUAUCUGGGACUAGCAGACACCUGGAGUGGAUAUACUUGAGGAGAGGGACUGGGAGUAAUGUGAUGAACUCCAGGAGUCACAGAUUGGGUUCUACUGAGUGAGAGAAAGAGAAGAUGAAUAUUUGUGUGACGGAAAUGAGCUGGGUGUGUGAUUGAUAUUGGGUAUGUGCAUGUGGAAGCGAAUCUUCUCUCGAUAUUGAGUGAAGCACCUGAAUCCAAACCGGUCGAGGUUGUCCAGGAAAAUCACCAAAUCACCCAGCUGUGACACACAGUGACUCAAAACAUUGUAGCAUUAAUUUGGUGGCAACAUUUGCGCAAUCUGCGCUCUCUACCUGACUGUUAAGUGCCAAAAAAAAAAAGUUCACGUAGUCUCUGUAUAUAACUCAGUACUUGAUAAGCAAAGGAGUUCACUUUGUCAAAACCCAUCAUGGUACGAGAAGGGUCAGAUUAUCACAGAAUCCAACAUUUGACUGUAUUAAUGAAUGCUGAUUUUUUUUUAAAUGUUCCUCUUCUUUUAACUUUUAAUGUCUCUGGUUAUUUCUUCUACAUGUGAAGCAUUUUCUUUUUUGUAUUCCCUUCAGUUCCCUUGUGCGUCUUGAUGUGCUACUCAGCCCAGCUAAAGAGAGAAAAAAACAUAUAGAACACUUUGACAAAGUGAGCCAUAAUGUGCAUUGAAGGUGAUGUUUAGUAUUCUGGUCACUUUGUCUCUGACCUGAUGGGGGUCUUCAACACACUCAAAGCCAUUUUGUUUUGGCCAGAGAAGGCCCUGCAGCCCAUCUGGCCAGUAGACAUGCUCCCUGAAAGAAAGGCAUCCUGUAUUGAGAAGACAGAGGCAUUGUGCCACACUGAUGUAUGUGGUUGUUAGUGUCUGUGGCUGCAGCUACUUUGUGGUACGGCAGUUGAGAUACGAGGUACUAGCAGACUCUUUUAGCUACAAAAAUCUCAAAAAAUAUGUUUUUGUUCUCAAGAGAAAGUGUACUUGAAACUAUGUUAGAGCCAACUAUUCAGGGAUUUACGAUUUUGCAAAGAAUUAGGGGAGAUUACGCGCAUUUUAAAUUAUGCACAAUGCACUACAUGUUAGGAUAUUGCAUAUGCCCCCCAGGCUUGUGUUAUCACAAUGAGCCUUUUGGUUUUGGUGGCCUUUCACUAUGCAAGAAGGCACUAUUAGCUUUUGGUGAGUAUAUUUCCCAAGAAGUGAAGAAUUUGCAUGUAUAUGUACAUGUGUGUUUGCUAUCCCUGUAUGGAACAAAAAGUAGUACUACUGUUUGUGUUUAUGUGUAAAAGUGAGGAAUGCACUGGACACUGGAGCUGAAUGUGAAUCUGAGGAGGCGAAAACAUUGCGCUGCUCGGUUUGGAUAAUCAAUGCAUGGCUCAAAUUCCACUCAGCGAGAACACACUGGCAUCCCAGUUAAUAAUGAACGGCAUUUUUUGAAGUGUCUUUUUUUUCCCUUCAUGUUAACUUGUGUUGGGCUGGGGGAGGUCAAAAGCAAGUCAAUGGAGCCAUUGUCUGACCCUCAUGUCCUUGUUGGAAAGUCAGUGCUCUCCCAACUCGCACGUCCCAACGACUGAUGGUGUCAGAGCUUUGAAAAGAGAGAAACAGAGUUUUCCUCUGCAGAGGUUUGAAACUCAGCAGCAGAAUGUGGUUCAGUGUUUGGGGCUCGAAAAUCCUGUACAAGUCUUGAAACAAUUGACUGGGUUGUUGAAAUGUGCACAACCCUCCACAACCCGCUACCCCCCGCAUCAACAUGUCAACUUUACUCUGAAAGUCUUUGGGAAAUGUUCUGUUAUCUUGAUGUUCUCAUACGGGUUUUGAAGAGUUUUGUUCUGGAAAAGGAUCUCUAAAAAAAUUAUACCUACAACAAUUUCUUAUAUAAAAAUAAAUGUUUUAUGCAUGUUUUUAUAAAAAAAACAUGUUAAGAUUUUAUUUUAAUACCCAAACUAUCACAUAUUGACACUGUUUAAGAUGGAAUUAUUGAUUAAUAAGAUUCAAAUAAGUUUAUUUCAUGUUUAUAUAUAAUGGAUAUACAGUAGCCUUUAAUGUUUUGGAAUGAAACCCUUCAUAUAUAUUGUUGCUGUCAGGUGAAGACCUCAUAUCUCCACACAGUUAAUCUUUUUAGGAGAAAAGCAGACUUUAUAUUGACAAAAAUAUAUUUUUGCAUUCAUGUUGUGAUAUUUACAACCCAUAGAGAAAAUUUUUUAUAUUACCCAAUAUUGCCAUUGAAUCCUUAAAAUUUCCAAAAAUAAAGUGUAAAGUGUGAGAAGAUUUGGGGAUUUUGGAGCGCUGAAAAAAACAGUAAGUACCUAAAAAGGUCUCCGCUGGAGAUACAAGGUUUUCACUGGAUCAUAACAAUAUUAUAGCACAGCUUACAGAUGUUCAGCCUUCCUUCAAAGUAUCUCUUCUGAAUAUUGUGAGACCACAUCCUUUUUUGUAUAAUCAGAAUGAAUGUACUGGCGUUUACACUAUAGUGUCAUCUUGUAUAAAAUGUCUCAUUUAGCACACACACAUUACCCAGGAAUCUCACUGAUCGGGGGUGUCUCUACCUGCUGUCCUCCUUAAACCCAGGUGUGUUCUUUCUCUAGUUGGUCCUGUACUUGGACACAGUUAUUUUUAUAUUAAAACCAGUACAGAGCCUGAGGACUGGCACCAGUCACGGUCUGGUGGCUUUUUGAUUUACAGUAACAUAUUAAAUCUUCUGCCAUUCUCUCUGUUGAAGUGUUCUUGGGGAAAAAACGCCUAAGAGUAAACUAAAGGAUAGGGUGGCUGUUUUUUUAAUAAGAUUGUUUUCAUCCAGGAGUAACCGCAAGAGGAAGGAAGGAACAGUUAACUAAUGGGAGUGUGCUGAAGGUUUUAUAAAAAUUAAAUAUCUGUAAUUUACAUUUUGAAGAAAAUAUAUCUUUUGUACUUUCCUUGUGAAUAUUGUUUUUCGUUUGUUUGUGUGAUUGUGACAGAAUAUGAGUAAUAACCAUUUUAUUGGGAGUUUUUAAUGCAUCCUUUUCUAUUUGGUCAGUAAGUCCCGUAAUGUAAAUGUGUAUAUAAAUGAAAACAAUCUCUUUGGUAGCUAAUUUGAUUGAAUAAAUUGUGACCAGUUGCUCUGCUGUGGAGGGAGGGUGGAGUAAAUACAUAAGAAAAUAUUUUAUGAAGAAAUGGUCAUUUUUAUAUGGAAUUGUUUGCAUACAUUAUGUGUGUCAUUAAAAUCAUAAAACACUCAA